GCAACACACACACCUCACGACAUGCGAUGAUGCCAGACGCCGCCGAGAUGUCGUUCGUGGGGGUAAAAGUGGCCUUGGCUGGGCAUUGCAAGACGAAAGGGAACGAUGCGUUCAAAGCAAACGAGUUUCGACGGGCGGAAGCGUACUACAAACGGGGGUUGCAGUUCCUCGAGACUCCCCAGAGCUGCAAAUACGCACAAGAGGAACUUGAAGCAGUGGGGCCGAUGCUUGCAACUUUGCAUGUCAACAUCGCAGCAUGCUGCCUGCAAGACGGCGCGUGUCAUCUUGACCAGGCCAUUUUGCACUGCACUCAGGCCAUCAAGAGCGACUCGUCCAACGUCAAAGCGUGGUAUCGGAAGAGCCAAGCGCAUUUGAAGCAAAAGGAGUUUGCUCUAGCCAGACAUGACAUCAUGGAGGCUGUGCGGCGAGACCCCGAUUCGCUCGCCUUCCGUACGUGCGCUCCCACCGCGUUUCUUCCAAAAGAACGUGCACGACGACAUAGGAAAGCAUUUGGCGAGUGUUCAGGCGGCCGCAACACAAGCAAAGCUGGCCGAGAAAGCUGCGUUUCAUGGCAUAUUUCAACGGGUCGCCGGAGCCCCCACCACGUCCCUCGUGAGUGAGUAGAGCCCAUGAUGGAGCCAUGCCUUUCUCCAUCAUGGCUUGGUAGCACGCACACGACCAAGCUGUCUCGAUGUAAAUUGCGGAUAUUAGAACAGAAUGACACAUACGCAGAGCA